AUGGAUGUGCAUUCCCCGUUACGAUGUGCCCCUGCCCGUCGCUCACUUAAGUUCCCCGUGGGAGAACAAUCACGGAAUUUUCUGGCCUUCGAUCCGUCAAUCAGCAAACAUGACCGCAUGAUUUUCCAUAUGGGGGUUCUUGCUCACGCCGAGUCACUCAUUGAUUCGGAUAUUCUGCCGUGCUUCACCGUGCCGGUGUACUUACCGGGGAAUUACACAGAGUUACGGGUGAUUACAGACAGACGUCAUCCGGCAUUCGGGCAAAUUGGCCUCUUUGCGAAGAGGACGAUUCCAGCGAAUUUUGUUGUCACGCCCUACAGCGGUUAUGUGGAGAUUUUUGGGACUUCAUGCAGCUCGAGAACAUAUACCAUGGGUUACGGAUCACUCAGUGAUGAUUACGCACUGGAUGCGGAGUUUGCUGGAAAUUAUGGUCGGUUUGCGAACGAUCCGAGAGGGAUGGAGGGCGUUACGGCAAACAUUAGUGCGGAGAGCCGCUUCACCGCACGUGGGGAGACAUACACUGCUCUUGUCAGCAGACGAAUCAUUAAUAAGGGGGAGGAAAUUCUUAUGUCGUAUGGGAAGGCUCACAACUUGACGCACAGCCCGUGGACGGGGAUCAAAGGUGAGUUGUUGACACGAUAUCGCGUGAGAAGUCCCAUGCCAUUUCAAUUUCGGGGUGUAACGAGGCUUGAGGGCAAGUACAACGACAGCAAUAUUAGUGUUGACAAUCGCGGGGGAAACUCGAGGAUUGUGGGAGUAUUGUCAGCUAACAGCUUGCAACCCUGCUGCAGCAACCAAAAUAGAGUAACCAGUGGAGGGGUUACCGAGCGGAGCAGGAGCGGCAGUGGCCAACCAAGUACGAGUACGAGUGAUACUGACGUGGAGUUGUUUUGGGAGUGCCCACAAUGUGGAAUGUGGAGCAUCCGCAACUUUCCCACACCCCAAGUUGACUUCUGCCCGUACUGUCGCUCACCUCGGGUAUAUCGAACUCGGUUAGUUGCGGUUUGCUGCAGGGCGCCGCUGCCGCAAGAGGUGUUGACGGGCCCCACGUUACCGACCGAACCCGUUGCUUCGCAGCGUGAAACCAUCAGUUCCACAGACGCACAAAAUAUUGCAGAUGGCACUGUUGGUUCCAGUCCUGAGGCUAACUCUCACUGUUCUCAUUUGUCCAUGCAGUCCAAGGACAUACAUAACGAGGACAACAUCCGCGGCAGUCAAAGCAAGAGUUCAAGUGGAAGUGGAAGCACACAAGCUUCUUCAACCACGCUGUUUACAUCUCAUCCCAUAAAUUGGCCCCUGAACGUUCCGUUCUUACCGUGGCAGGUUUGGGAUGCGGCGGUGCCGCUUACGACGAUCGGCAGACACUCCAAAUUUGACACCCAUAAUGACAUAUUUUUGUAUACAGUGAAUACGCUAGCGGAACAGGAGGCCGAUCAACCGUUGUCAGACGAAAUGCACCAAAGUGACAAUAAUUGUGGUGGUAGUUCCUCGCAAAACGAGCGCAACGAGGAUGAUGAGGAUGGGGCAGAGGAGGAACCCCACGAAACGCGCGGAAAGAAGCGACCUCGGAGAGGUCGCCAGCCCCGGGUCCGGCGAAAGAAGGAAGAAUUGUGGGUAAAAGAGGACCAAAACAUUAGUGAUCCGCACGUGCCCGGGAAAUAUGAUAUCGCCAAGCGCUGUGGUACAGUUGGUAGUUCCCCCGCUGCCGAGCGGGGGUUCUGUACCGAUUACUUCUUCCUGUUGUCAGACUCACUGAUUUGUAGUGGUAGUGGGGACGAUGACGCGAAUGCACUUCGAGCAGUACGGAGUUUGUUGAGUGACGUCACACGUCGGGUAUUCGCCGGUAAGACGUACCGCAGCGGCGAUGUUGUUGCAUCCGUUGGCGGGUUGAUUCAACUGGUGCACGACACGAGGAGGAGGCCCGACGGGUCCGUGAUGCGAAUUCCUAUGAAGUACUUCAUACCAAAGAGGGUGCGUGAUGAGCUCAGCAGCAACCAUAAGGGGGUUGGCGCCGAAGCGGCGGUUGAACGCAUGGCGUUGGUGGAUCUUCUAAGGCUGUUUGAGAGCCUUGCGCUAGUGGUUACAAAUGAAUUAAUGUUUUGUCCCUGUAUCGCCUUGCCGGACAGAGGUGAUUGCGGAAGUACAAGCACUUCUGUCAUAACUUUCAGCGGGAGCGAGGUCGGAGCCAAUGCGCGAGAUCCCUCACUAACGUCUCAACGGGUACUUGAGUUGUGCAAUCUGCAAUUUGUGCUCACAGUAGAUGCACUCGGCUGCCCAUACAUUGCUGCAGUCGCAACGAAGGAUAUUAACACAUUUGAUCCAUUUUUGGCUCGCAUAGGCUAA